AUGGUUGAACAGCGGGCGCAGGUUGGCACGCAGGGACAUGAGGUGGUGAGGAGAGCUAAUGGCCUGAUGGCCUCCAUAGCGAGAGGAUUGGAGGAUCAGAGCUUUGCCUUCCCGGAUUGGGCCUACAAGCCCGAGUCGAGUCCCGGGUCCCGGCAGAUCCAGCUCUGGCACUUCAUCCUGGAGCUGCUUCAGAAGGAGGAGUAUCACAACGUCAUCGCCUGGCAGGGGGACUACGGCGAGUUUGUCAUCAAGGACCCCGACGAGGUGGCCAAGCUCUGGGGCGUCCGCAAGUGCAAACCACACAUGAACUACGACAAGCUGAGCCGGGCCCUCAG